AUGAGUGGUUCAACCACAUGGGAGGCUGAGGGCAACUACUCGCUUCCGCUAAGCCCUCAGCACUACCUGCCCUACUCCGGGGCGGCAGCAUUGGGCUUCGAUAACAUUACGUUCGGCUGGCGCGAACAGGGUGGCGAGUCUCUAGCCGACCAGCUUAUAUUUGCCUACGCCACGGACGACUUCUACGUAGGCAAUAUCGGACUCAGUCCAGAACCUACCAAUAUUUCUUCAUUCAACAACCCAAUACCCAGCGUGGUUGGGACCCUUCGGCAAGACGGUCUUAUUCCUAGCACAUCCUGGGGCUACCUCGCGGGCGCUUCUUACUAUUCUUUCCCGGUCAUGGCAUUUGGUAGCCUGACAUUUGGUGGCUACGAUGCUAGCCGUCUCAACAUUGACACCAACCUUACGCUAGCGGGAGGCUCUGACCAAUACAGGCCGUUUCUUCUUGGAAUUGAGAGCAUCACCGCCGGUGAUAAGGAGAUGCUUCCGGAGCCAAUUGUCACUGCCCUAGACUCGAUCACAACUCAGCUCUGGCUGCCACUGGCGGCAUGUCAGGCGUUCGAGGCAGCCUUUGACCUAGUGUGGAAUGAAACUUACGGGCUCUACCUUCUCAGCGAAGAUCAACACGCCGCUCUCGUGGCUAAGAAUGCCAGCGUCACAUUUACCCUGAGCACAGGAGUCUCAAAUUCUACCGAACGCCUCAACAUCACCCUCCCCUAUGCCGCGUUCGAUCUGAAAACAAGCCCACCGUUGGCUGGGGACGGGACGUAUUUUUACUUCCCACUCAAGCGAGCAGCAAACGAGACACAGUAUACCCUGGGCAGAGUCAUCCUGCAGGAGAUGUACAUCGUUGCAAAUUACGAGUGGGGUUAUAUCACCUUGUACCAAGCAGUAUACCCGGAGUCGUCAGUCUCACCCGACAUUGUCACCAUAUGCGCCCAGAAUGCGACGACCUGCAUCAGCCCGCCCAGCACUGCCGGCAGGUCACGCAAACUGUCGGCUGGGUCCGCAGCCGGUAUAGUUAUCGGCGCCGUUCUCGUCUUUAUCGCGGUAUGCGCAGUAGUGUGGGUCAAAUGCUUCAAGAAACCCAAGACAAAAGGCCCACUAUCUGAAGUGGGCCGAGGCUCAACAUAUGAAACUACUUCUGAAGUGACAGGGCGCGUUGGGGCGUCAGACAAACCUGAGUUAGACGGCAGAGUGCUAGGAAGCCCACGUAGCGAACUCGAAGGAUAUUACAAGCACGACAGGGGGGCUUCCGUCGACGACAGCGGCUACACUUCUGGCUCACGUCGAGGGGGAACGAGUAGCAGUGGUGGCGGAUUCUCCCCACCGAUGGGACAAGACAGAAAUGAGGCCUCGGAGUCUGGAGGCAGGGAGGUACGGAGGUCCGGUGCCAUAGACGUCCAUGAGCUCUCUGGGGAAACCCCAACUAUGACGAGUCCGUCUGAACUCAUGGCGAGUCUGCCUUAUCACGAGCUACCUGGCUCGACAAGGUGGCCUGGGAGCUAG